AGGCGAGCGACGGCUGGCUGGCGCUUGCCUUGUUUUCGUUUGCGCUGCCACGGAGAUUACGCUCCGCUCUUUGCGAUCGCGGGCGAAAAAACACAGUACUCCAGGAUAGCACAGCAAGCAGCCAUGGCUAGCGGUGACCACACAUGACGGAAAACCGAAGCGGUCGACCGUACGACGGAAAGCACGUUGGUACAAGCGCCGCUGCAGCUGCUGAAGUCUCAUCAGCUGGGAUCCUCGUUCCUUUCUGAACCGCUACGGUGUUCCCUUCGUGCAGUACAGGCGUCAGUCUUUCGUUGAAGCCACCGAGUGAUGGAUGUUUGGCCCCAGAACUUGGCUGCAGUAGGACGCAGAAACGCUUGGCUCGAGGCGAUGCUGGAGUACGUGUUUAAGAGGCCCGUGUCAUCAGAUGCACAAGACAAAGCCACACUUAAACUAGAGGAUCUGGACGACUUCAUUGACUUUGAACUUGAGAAUCUGUCUAAGGCACAAAUCGUUGAGAGUGACUAUGGCAGACUCGGCCCCGACCACGUCACGUUUGACAUCUGCUCCAACGUUGGGACGUUCAUUGUCAACCAAGACAGACUAGGGGUGUCGAGUCAAGGUAACUUCAAUACGAUACGGGCCUCUUGCUGUGUUUUCAAAGGGAAGUGGCAGUAUGAGCUCAUGCUUGGCUCCAAGGGGGUCAUGCAGGUCGGCUGGGUCACUAACAGCUGCAAGUUUUCACGAGAGAAAGGAGUCGGCGACACUGCGGACUCCUACGCUUUCGACGGGAACAGGGUGCGCAAAUGGAACGUGGCCACGUACAAGUAUGGCGAGGCCUGGGUGGCUGGGGAUGUCAUUGGUUGCUGCAUCGAUCUAGACAAUGGCACAGUUAACUUUUACAGAAAUGGUCGGUCCAUGGGUGAAGCAUUUGACAACGUUCGAUUGGGGCCCGGCCUGGCAUACUUCCCUGCUGUCAGCCUCGCCUUUGGCGAGAAUCUAGUGGCCAACUUCGGCGCCACGCCUUUGCGCCAUCCAGUCGAGGGCUAUCGGCCCCUUGAGAAGACGUCGCUUUGCGACGCCGCACGUGCCCGCCUCUUGCUGCUAUGGACGAAGCGGCUACUGCCCGUGUAUGAAGAAGUGCACAAGGGCAGACCCCAGUCGGCAUACCUCACCGAUGGCCUGGACGUUUUUCGGCAAGGUACGAAAACGCAGGCUCUUCUCAUCGCUGCACCCGUGCUCCGUCGCCUUGGCCCUCUGCUGGAAUCUAGUCACGUGACAGAAGUCUCGUUCCUCCCAUUCCUGUUCCAAGUGUUUGAGGAGAGCCCUGACGGGAGACGGAUCUCAACGCUACUCGAGCUGUUCUGGGCCCUGCUGGAACCUCAAGAGAUCAAGAAAUGCCUGGAAAAUGUGGCCGUUGCAUUGCUGACCGGAUUUCGUUUCUCUCCGUGCACUCCCGACUUCCUGCACCAGAAGCGCCACCUGUGCCUCAUGCUUAGCGUCUUGCAGCACGACUCGUCGCGCCGCUAUCUUCUCGAGAGUAUUUUAUUCAACAAGAUCAAGUUUGCCAUGUUCAUGGAGGUCAAACCUCCAGACAAUGAGACCCUGGCCACGCUUGUACCUGAUGUCUGGUUUGAGCUCAUGGAGGAGGCACAUCCUACCGAGGAAACUUACAGAAAGAAUUUGUACACAGCUGCCAAGCAGAGGCUGAAGGUUAUGACCACAGACAUUGAGAACAUCCAGCUGAGAAUACUGGAGCAACUGACUGUGGAAAAUGACGCACCACCGGGUCAGACCAGCCGUGACCUGUUUCUCGCGAAAUUGGAAGCCUUCGUAAAGGAAAAUAGUCCGGGAAGCAGGACCUUGACCCUCGACCUGUGUCCGAAUGCGGUUGCCUUGGCGUUUUUCCACCGGCUCCUCGCCUUGGUUCGUCGGUGCCUCCCCGUAUUUCACACCAGCACCGGUCAGCUGCUUCAAGAACAUAACUUGUACAUUCCGCCAUCCUUGUUUCUGACCACUAUCGGAACGGGCCCCGAGGUGACCCACGUCGGCGACACACCGGACCAGAGGAUCGUGGCAGUCAGAAAUACCGACCUCGACGUCCAAUCGGAUGGCGAGGACAGCGCAGCAGAGUCCUGCUGGCAGCCCGGCUCGCACGGACUGAGACUUCCAGCGACGGCCCAGGAAGCCAAGGAGGAAGACAAGAGCGUCAAGAUUCUGCAACUUCUCGAUGGAAUCGUGCAAUUGUACUCCCUGUGCGGUCACGCUCAGUUCGUCAAGAUGAACACCGUGAAGGACAAUAUGCGGGAGUACCUCAAGGCCGUGCUGGAGGUGAGGAGGAACACCGCAUGGGGCGAAAAAGACGCUGUCGAGGCACUCUGCAAGGUGGAGCAAGUCUUUGGCGAAACGCUCACCGAGCAGGGUCGUCAGGUUGCCUGGCUGUCGGCUGUGGUUUUCUCCAAGGAGAAGCAGAAUGAUAUAUACUGGCUGCUGAAUGUGGUGUUGAAGACCUUGGAAGAAGCAUCCUCCGCUGGCAUGGAGUUUUGCUUCGUGCCAGAGUACCACGUCGAGGCGUGCAUGAGGCUGUUGACGUCGCUGAGCGUCCACUUUCCGCCGACGUGCCUGCUCAGUGACAUUCCUGGUCAUUACCAUGUCCUUGUGAGGUACAGCACGUUCCUUGCCGAGCACUUUGCCGAUCGCCGUGUUGUCAACCCAGAUGUGAAAGAUGCCCUGUUACGAGCCUUGGCUGCACAUGUCUGUCCGCCAACCACCGUCAGGGCAUUGGAGUGCAUGCCAACAAAGAGCUCUCUGGCGCUUAUCCAAGCCUUGCUACAGCCUUACAAGAACCGGCCGUGGGCCCAGACGAACUGGAUACUCAUGAGGCUGUGGAAGGGCUGCGGAUAUGCCUUUCGUUACACCCUCUCGCCGCACCGAGCCGAGAGAAUGGCUUCCAGGCCCGUGGAAUCGACGGUACCCAGUCACCCCGCGCCCUGCCCAAGCGUGUUCUUCCAGAACCAGAUUGGACGCUGGCUGGAGGACCACCCAGAGCCAGCCUCGGCUUUCCUGGGGAGCGUCCUGACGCAGCUCAACUGGUCCUUUUCCCAGUUUAUUAGCAUGCUUCAGGAGAUCCAAAAUGCUCAGAGCCGACCCGAGCGGGUGUUCAUCAACUCUCAGCAGCUGAAGAUCUGCGCCACCUGCUUUGACCUGUCGCUAGGCCUGCUCCGCGUCCUCGAGAUGGUUGUGAACGUUGCACCGAGCCUCGUCACCAACCCUACGAGGCCCCACUCGGAGCUGUUGCUGGCCCGCACUUUUCAGGUGCUGAGCCACAUCCUGAACCGGGUGACGUCCCGGUGCGGCUGCUUUGACCUCGUGGUCGGCAUGGACAUGGCGGGUCUGGAGGGCAUUGACCACUUUCCCAUAGUCGCUGCCGUGACUGGAAUCCUGGUCGCGCUUUUGCUCAAGGGAUCCGUGGAGAGCCGUGAAACGGCUCUGUCGGGCCUGCUAGCCGAACCGUGCUUCCAGCUGUCGUCCCUCGAGUUCCUGCUGGGUGGUGGACCAACAUCGCUGGUGAUGCAAGAGGGGCCGUCGGAAGAAGCUGACACUGCCGGCGAUGCACCUGUUUUCUCGCUUGCAAACUACUCUGAGGUGAAGGAGGAAGAGGUGGAGCAAGCGCGACAGCUGGUGCAGCUAGUGCAGAGUCGGCAGCCGCCUCCAGUCACCUUCGACGAGGACCACAUAUGCACCAUCUGCUACGCGCAAGGAAACUCUGUGCGCUUCGUGCCCUGUGGCCACCAGUCCUGCCAUGUGUGCAUCCUGACUCACCUCGCCAACAGCAAGGAGUGUUUCUUCUGCAAAGCCAUCGUGGAGAAGCUCGACCCUUGCAGGACGCUACCUCCGCAGUGAAGCUGGCAGCCCCUCGGCUGACAGGUCACAGUCGUGGCUAGAGUUUGAUGUGAUGAUAAAAUGUACAUGGGUAUCUGUGAGAUUUGCUCUUUGGGGAGGGGGAGUGCUGGUGUGGCUUGAGGGGAGGCUAGUGCCCAUUUUGCACCCCCCUGUCAACGCCCACUGACAUGUCGUGUUGUUUGCAACGUGGGCUGUACAGUAGGAAGAAUACAUUUAUUGUGACGACUGUUGCAUAAUUUGAGACAUGGAAGUGGAUCGGUGUUCUAGUAUGCUUACACAAGGCCAUGUGUCAUCCUUGCUUUGUACGCUGUCUCGUCGCAGCUGACGGGGUGUGAGAAAUCUGUAGUGCAACAGAUUUGUGGUGAAGCUCUGUGCGCUCCACUGUUAGUUGUUGUACGUAGUUAGUCGUGGAUAGUUAUUGUACAGUCUGCUAGUUCCUUGACUGCAACAGCGCAGGGCACAUUCAAGUUCGAAGCCAGCUUCUGGACCGGUGACAAAGCCCGUUGUUUAGCCACUUUAUAAAACAAAACAAGUCAUUGCUGCAUAGAACAAAAACGGAACGUGUGGUACCCACAAGGCAUGCGCAUGCCUCAAAUAAACGUCACAUUAUUAACACUUUAAUGACACGAGUGUCCCCAGGAAGGUUUCAUACGUCAUUUUGUAGCAUUACAUUCACAGGCAUCGUUUGUCCCGAGAUCAAAAAUUAACUCACUAAUGACAGUCUUAGAUGAGUUCAGAGGUUGCACCACUGCAAGGGAGCUAAUGAAAGCAUGGCGGACAUCUCGUAUGACAUUUCAUACGUGGCAUGUGGCCGAAGCAGAAGGCAUGGACUGUUGACGAUAUCUGGCCAUGCUUAUCGGAUAUCAUCAACAUGAUGCUCAACUAGCCAAAGAGAUAAGUAAUGGACGAUGACUUCCGCUCAGAAAUGUGAUGCAAGAGCACACUAUCUGGUGCCCUGUUGCGACCAGUGAAACUGUUCUAUUCAGUCAGCCGAACUCUCAUCGGGUUGUUUCGAAACUUUCCGUCUGCCAAGUUGUGAUGAAACGAAAUAUCGAUAUUCCUUUCGCAACGCCACCAUCGAAAUCAUAUGUGCUGUUCAGCGCCUCUCGAGCUUGGCGGCUGUUUGCCACCCAGGGACGUCAACAUGUAGGGUAUGCUGCUGUGUGUUGGUUAUGCGAAACAAUGUGACAGGCGACAUUAUAGACAUGGCGAUUGCAGAGGCAAAUGAUGUUGAGGGCUCAAGUGGACAGGCAGCAGCAUUCAAAGUUACUUUGCCCCUUUGAUACAGCGUGUUAACAAUUAACUAGUGGAUGCAGAGCACUGUUUGGGCAUUUUGUACGUUAGUGUGAUGGCAGUAAAGAGAUGUGUUUUAACGAAUCCUUCCUUCAUUGGAGUUUUGAGCCGCAGCGGGCUAAAGCACUGUGUUUGCAUUCGUGAAGUCUCGAGUGGAAAUCCCUUAUAUUUUUGAAUGUCUCUGUCUUUAGAAAUUACGCUACAUUAUGAAACAUUUCCUUUUUUGUUUAUAAAGCCCUAGUGCUGGCAGCAGCGGUGCUAGCAUAAGCGGCUGAUGUAAGCUAAUUAUAGAUUAGUAAAAUCUACUAGUUCGUCCUAUUAACUCGGAUUUUUUUUUCUUUGAUUUCCUUGGCACACAUGUCGCUAUUCUGCUUCAAUGAGUAAAUGUAAAUACCUUACUGGGCAAUGUCAAACUAUAGUGCAUUUCUUUAGAGUGCACAAGAUUAAGACGUGUUAUGUUGAAAAUACUCAGUGUUCCUCACUGUUUUAAGUUCGUAUAUUAUAUUUAUGGUGCAAUAAUGCUAGUAUAUUUCACGAUUUCGUGGUAUUUUCCUGGUUACAUUGUCACCAAAGCACAGUCUUCGUGAUGAUAACAGAUAUUUGUGCAAUUUGUUUGACGUUUCAUUGCUUUGAUGCUCCGCAAAAUGCAAAGACUUUGUCUGUUACGACUACAGUUUAAAUAAAAAAUAGGUGUUUAGACUAGUCAAUUUUCAUUUAGCUUAAAUUCAUAGCAGUGGUAGAGAUACGCCAUAGCACACUUAUAAGGAUGUUUGUCAUAUUUAGUGGACAAAUUUUUGCUAAUGUGUGAAUACUUGAAAUUGCUAAUACAAAUGGGAUUAUCACAGGCAUUCAAUUUCUCUUCAACCUUAGUAGCGAGUGAUUUGCAAUUACACAGUAAUUAUUUCUUAUAGACUAAUUGAAGUGAUUCCACCGCAGCAUAACUUCCAGUGAUUCACAAAGCACACUUUACCUUUAUGCAGCCUAUGAGUAUCUUAUCUAGAUUUAUGCAAAGAAAUUUAUUAGUUAGCUUGGUUCACCACAUUUUUAUUACUUGAAGACAACAUGUGGUGCCAAUGCAUUUCUGAAUACGUUUAAUGCAUCGUAUGUCUAACAAAUGGGUUAGUUUUGUAUUCUAAGUAACUUUCCUUUAUCUGCCCAGAUAUGUCCUAUGUUACAAAAUGUUGCAGCUGGAUGGAUGUCUCCCAGGUUGGUUUCAAGUUAAUUAGAGAAGGACAAUUGAUUAUUUAAUGGGUGAUUAGCAGAUCAUAGCAUCUGCAAAUGCAAGUGAUUGGUUGUGAAGACGUUGCUUGCUCACUGUUCUGUGCUUGAAGACUACUUUGUUGAAAUACUUGGUGUGUCCACUCGUUUCAUCGAAAUGUGUAUCUGUGUGCCAGUGCCUCCGCAUUCUCCACGAUUACUUGAAUGAAGAAUGUUCUUGAGAUGGCUACUACAUAACCCGUAAAGGGUUGUACGGUACGGUGCAUAGUCAAAGGGAAUGCACGAGUGCACAACGUGUGUAAAUAUAUUUGCUUCUGGAUCACGUGCAGUUGUUCGGCGUUCUAGCGCACCAGUCAAGGUUAGCGGCGCACGUGCCCUUUUCCGUGCAAUGAAAUAACUUUCAGCCUUUGCUCUCUGCACAGAACAACAGCUAAUUGUGGUAUAAAUAUUGCAGUGAUUUCCUAAAAGGGCGCUAGAUAGAGAGAACAAUUUAUCUUAUAUUAGUUGAUUACCUUCCCACAAAACGAAGUACGCUCUUGCAAUGAGAAGACGCUUUUAAUUUAAGUCAAAAGAAUUUACCCGGUGGAACUUAUGUGCGUGGCCCCUUGAUAGUGUCAGAUUGUUACUCAAUCUUUAUCUAUUGACUUUAAGCACCAAGCCGUUAAGUUCGAGUCCUGGCAUUUCGAAGAGACCGAAAUGCAAAAAUGCUCAUGUACUGUAGUACUCGUGGUUCACAAUGAAACAAUCUAGGACUAAGAAAUGCACGCUCUUUCAUUUCCGCCAUCUUCAAUUCCUGUUAUAUCAGUUCAGUUUUGACUGACUUACAUCAGAGCCAAUGUUGCCUUUUGUGGCCGGAUUGGCAGAGUGACUACUCAUGCCAGCCAUACGAUAUCGCAUUUCGGCCGUAAGCACUGUGUUUCUACUGCUAAAAAUGUCAAAGUGGACCAACAAAGUCACCCUUGCUGCAGUGAGAAACUAAAUAAGUCACAAAAAGCACAGAAUGUCUACAAACCAGCCCGCCACAUCCAGUAGACUCUCAUUAAACAGAACCUGAAGGGACCAGGAAAAUAGGCUCCGUUUAACAGGAGCGCCGUUUACCGAGAGACGAACUGGGUGCACAUAAGUUAAGCACGAAACCAAGCUCGCCAGAAGAACUUGCUCCAUUUAAGCAGCAGUUCCGUUUAAACAGAUUUCGUUUACCGAGAGUCUACUGUAGUUGUGUAGAAUGACUACGUUUAGUCAGGCCUCAUUUGUUGGCCACGGUAAACUACAUAGGUGUUCCAGAAGCAUUCAUUGAAUGCCUGGGCUGAUUUACUCUGUUUAUUUGUAGUGUUCUUUUGAACUCGAUGCAACCGAACAAUACUGCAGGACAGAUCGCAGCUGAAGUAUUUUCUUCGCGUGUCCCUGUAAACACGAGCAUCGUAUGCAAAGUCACUCGGCAAUUUUUUUUUCUACUGGCGCAUGCUAAUUACUUCUGUGGGAGUUGUGUACACUUGGCAGGAAUCACUGCCCUUGUGCAUCGUUUUGCGUUGAUAUUUGUUGUUGAUUUCAGAUAUUUGUAUGAAACUGCAAUAAAAGUGUUCCAGAUUAA